UUGCCCCUAGAAUUUUUAAAACAAUCUGCUCACCCUAUUCGGCAGAGGAGGAAAAGCAAAGCCGCUCCAAAAUGACUGAUUGAGGGCGCGCCAUUUUUAUGUUUGUUCUUGAGGGUGUGAAUGGUGCGGAAAAUGGAAUGGGCAGGAAAAGAAAAGCACAUGGGAGGGAUUCCCAGGAAGAUGGCAUUCAUGGCAGUAGGGGCAUUUGCUAAGGCAGUUGCCAAUCUUCUCAACACAACUUGUGUUCACAAUGCGGAUACGCUUGUUCGUCUUGUCCGAUCUCGACCCCCUGGGGUACCCCUCAUCACUGUUAGCAAUCACAUGUCCACGUUGGAUGAUCCAGUCAUGUGGGGUUUCGCUGGUUUUCCAACCUUCGAUUCAAAUUUAGCUCGAUGGGUUCUGGCCGCCGAAGACAUUUGUUUCAAAAAUCCGCUGCUGUCUUAUUUUUUCCGGCUUGGUAAAUGUAUACCGAUUACUAGGGGUGCUGGAAUUUAUCAAGACCCCAUGAAUGAAGCUCUUGAACACUUGAGCAAUGGCGCAUGGAAAAGCUCAAAAGGGUUCAAAUUUGGGGAAUUAGGAGGAAAAGUUUCGCAGGAUGAUGCUCCGAUAAGACGAUUAAAAUGGGGAACUGCUAGUCUCAUUGUUCGUGCCCCUAUAACUCCAAUAGUUUUGCCCAUUAUUCAUCAUGGUUUUGAGGAGGUGAUGCCUGAGAAUUAUUGGUUGGGAAGAAGGCCUCUUUUUCCAUUAUGUAACAAGAGAAUUAACAUAGUUGUUGGUGAGCCAAUAAAAUUUGACCUUCCUAAAAUGAGGCAAAUGGCAAUUUCUAUGUCUCGUGAUUCACCUAUUCGUACAAAAGGAUGGCCCUACAUUUCCCAGUAUGGAUUGGACGAAGCAGCACAGAGGUGUCUCUACAUGGCUAUUUCUGACCAAAUUCAGCUAGUUAUGGAAAGAUUAAGAUGUUUGGGGAAACGUUCUGUGAAGUAAAGGAUACAAUGCAUGCAUCUUGAGACUUGGAGAAUUUGGCUUGCGCUGUCCUAUCACGCAUGUGCAGCAGCGGAAAAUAAAUGUUGGGCAAUUUAAAUAACUUUCAACAUGGAUAGAUAUUUUUUUCCUGAUGUUGAAGAGGUUUGGUUGGUUGUGAGGUUUUAUUCUCCUAUUGAUAUUUGAUUUAUUCAGAUAAACCUCUUUUACUGAACAAAUCUUGAAGAGACUGAGUUGAUUAAUUUGCACCAAAAUAUUUAAUCAGCAGGAGAACUAGAUUUGGUAAUAUUGCAUGAGAACUGGAUUUGGUAAUUUCAGUGGCACUUGCCUUCUCAUUAGGAAUAUGAAAAUUAUCUUUUUAAUGCAUGAGCGCUCAAGUACUGUCCACUGAAGCUAAGUUUCAGGUAUUUAUUCAUAUUCCCAUUCUAUUUUUUUUUUUGGCUCAAUCCUCCUUGUUAUAGGUUAGUUAAAGAUAUGACCAUGGGUUGAUUACAACUGGUUCUGGUUCACUGUUCUUGUCGGUUUUCGCUGGUUUCUGGUCAGAUCCUCUCCAGUUUUGGUCUUGCCGUGAGAGCUUUAUUCUUAAAAAGAAAGGGUUUCUAAACAUUUUUCUUUUUGUAGUUUCUUCUAGGGAGAAAAUGGAAAUGGAAUUAGAAUCAUGGGGCCCAUGGUAGCCAGAACUGGCCCUUUGACUACCUCUAGUUGCUUAGGUUUAGAUCUAAGGAAUGAGUAAAAAAUAUUGUCCUGUUAGUUUCUACUAGAUAUUUUCAUGUCAGUAAUUUAGCAAGUCACCAGCCGCCAGGGAAAAGGUUUGUUUCACAAAGAAAACCACUUCUAAGUCCUUAUCAUGAUUCAGCCUGUUGUCUUGGAUCAAUACGAUUGUUUUCAUGUUAUUAGCUCCUUCAAACGAUUGUUGUGCUCUGACAUUGGUAAAACCUUAUUGCUUUCUUCAUUUUCAUGUGUUGUAUCUUGAGCAGACUUCUGUCUCACUCUUUUGAAAAUGACUGAAUAGCUUCUCUGGAAAUCAAUGAUUAGCAUUUAGAUGAUCAUGAUAUCAUAAUUGAACUGUGCCAUUUCUCUUUACAAAUAAAGGGAAAAAAAUAAUAAAAUAAAUGAAGUGCUGGAUGGCGAAGAUGAAGUAUUGCUUUAUAAUUCCUUUUUUGAUACGUUGAGUUCUUAGCUUGCAGGAAUUGAUGGCCGUCCGUGAUAGCCUCUUCUUCCUACUUCAGUCUUCCAUUGUUGACUCCCAUGUGAUUUGGAUGAGUAAUGAGGUUCUGAUUUGUACGUCCAUUAUCAUGCAAAACAUUUAGUGGCUCUGAUGUAAUUUAACUUGUGUGCUCACGAGUCAUGAGGAAUGUAAAACAUGUAGCUUUGCAAUACAAGUUGUAUUCUCUAUCU